CACCGCUAAGGUUUCUGGCAGUGCGGGCAUCCUCUAUCGGGCCUAUAGCAACAGCAAGCUGGUUUAAUCUCAAGUCCUUUCGUUGGGUCCUUGUUGCUUGUCAUUCAAUCCUUCUGCAGAAAUGUCUGCGACGCAAUUACUCAACCCCAAGGCCGAGUCGAGGCGGAGAGCGGAGGCUUUGAAAGUGAACAUUAGCGCUGGUGAGGGUCUCCAGGAUGUCUUGAAGUCCAAUCUUGGUCCCUCUGGAACGUUGAAGAUGUUGGUGGACGGUGCAGGCGGAAUCAAAUUAACUAAAGAUGGCAACGUUCUUCUCCGUGAGAUGCAAAUUCAAAACCCCACGGCUGUUAUGAUCGCUCGUGCUGCGACAGCUCAGGAUGAUAUUACUGGCGACGGAACGACGUCCGUUGUCCUGUCGGUUGGAGAGCUCUUGAAGCAGGCAGAUCGUUACAUCUCCGAGGGUCUGCACCCUAGAGUCAUCACGGAUGGUUAUGAGAUUGCAAAGAACGAGACUCUCAAGUUCCUCGAUCAGUUUAAGAUCGAGCGAGCCAUCGACCGCGAACUCCUACUGUCCGUCGCCCGGACGUCCCUCAGCACAAAACUGAACAGCGCCCUCGCUGAGAAGCUCACCCCCGAUAUUGUCGAUGCCGUCCUCGCUAUCCACAGAGCUCCUGAGAAGCCCGAUUUGCACAUGGUUGAGAUUAUGACGAUGCAACACCGCACCUCUUCCGAUACCAAGCUCAUCCGUGGUCUUGCUCUUGACCACGGCGCCAGACAUCCCGAUAUGCCUAAGCGUGUGGAGAAUGCUUUCAUCUUGACACUGAACGUCAGCUUGGAGUACGAGAAAUCUGAAAUCAACUCCGGUUUCUACUACUCUUCUGCUGAGCAAAGAGACAAGUUGGUGGAGAGUGAGCGCAAGUUUGUGGAUGCCAAGCUGCAGAAAAUCGUGGAGCUCAAGAAGCUUGUUUGCGGCAACGAUCCUAAGAAGAGCUUCGUUGUGAUCAACCAGAAGGGAAUCGACCCCCUGAGUUUGGAUGUCCUUGUCAAGAACGGAAUCUUGGCUCUCCGGAGAGCUAAGCGCAGAAACAUGGAGCGUCUCCAGCUUAUUUGCGGUGGUGUCGCACAGAACAGCGUGGAGGAUAUGACCCCCGAUGUUCUCGGCUGGGCUGGUCUUGUCUAUGAGCACCAGCUUGGUGAGGAGAAGUACACUUUCGUCGAGGAAGUCAAGGAUCCUAAGUCCGUGACUAUCCUCAUCAAGGGCCCCAACCAGCACACCAUUGCGCAAGUGAAGGACGCUGUUCGUGACGGUCUGCGCUCCGUUUACAACACCAUCGUCGAUGGUUGUGUCGUUCCCGGUGCCGGUGCGUUCCAAGUGGCCUGCGCCGGCCACCUGUCGUCCGACGCCUUCAAGAAGACUGUUAAGGGUAAGGCCAAAUGGGGUGUCCAGGCUUUCGCCGAUGCACUUUUGAUCAUUCCCAAGACUCUUGCAGCCAACUCGGGCCACGAUAUCCAGGACUCACUGGCGAUGCUUCAAGACGAGCUCGCCAACGGCAACAACGCCGGUCUGGACUUGACCACCGGCGAGCCGAUGGAUCCUGUGCAAGAGGGUGUUUUUGACUCUUUCCGUGUGUUGCGUAAUUGCAUUGCCUCCAGCACGGGCAUUGCCUCGAACCUUCUACUUUGCGAUGAGUUGCUCAAGGCCCGUCAAAUGAGCAGACAGUCAGGACCUGGUGGUAUGGACGAGUAAUGUGGCUUCUACAGACAAGGUAUAUCAUGUAAAGCACUUCUGUGAAUUUCUUCAUCGGUUUGCAGGUUAGAAAAAUACUCUACGUCGAAAGUAGGCUCAAAAUUGGCCAUACUAAUGCAUCUUUGGCACAUCCUAAUUGAAUCGAAUAUAAUCCAC